GUUUGCGGUAACAGUGAAUUGAAAGUACGCCAUAAAUAUGGCGCCAAAAGAGUUUUCAAGCUGAUGAUAAGAGCUGAUUUUUCUCCGUGUUGUCUUUUUUUUUUUAGUGGGAGUGGGAGGAGAGGUUGCAAGACAAGACCCGCCUGUGCAUUAGUGCAGAGCGGUGUGUGCACGUACACCGGGCCGGAGGAGUGGAAACGGCAGCAAGUGAAGACGGAGCUGGAGGUUUUAUUUUUGAAGGAGGGACGUUGCGAAACUGGCUUGCAAUCUUUUCUGACUCAUCGUUUGGAAAUAAAGCACCCUUUCUCCUCUCUCUACAGCACCACAGCCUCCUCCUGCUGCUCCGGUCCCCUCCUCCCGUUACCGCUGGCACCGGAGAGGAAAACAGUCGGAUUUUUGACACCACGUUUGGGGCUUUUUUUUUUUUUUUUUUUUUUUUUGCAAAAUGCGACAUGCUUUCCUGUGAGCGCUGUGUUGUGCGCACCUCGCAGCCCGCUUCAGCAGCAGGACCAGCGGCUUGUUAUUGACCGUAUCUCAGUGUGGCUGCCACUUUUUUUUCUUUUUUUUGGAGGGGGGAGGAUUUUAUUUCGGAUUUGGACUCGUCGGUCGUCGGGGCUUUGCAGAGCUGACGCGCUGUCAACACGCACCGUGAAGGGGAGGGGAAGGGACGGUCCUGUCACCCAACGUGGACCAGGAGUCGUGGGGGCCGUUUAGCAGCACUGCUAGCAGCCUGCCAGGGGGGCACCGAGUGGGCAAAACUGAAGUAAAAGCUCUGCUGUUAAACUACAUGUGCUUGGCUUCCAAUGAUCUCCUAAUCUGUGGGAAUCGCCUUCCUGCGUCCAGGACCGAGGACGUCUCCGUACCAGACGCUAACUGCAAUCAUGAGUUCCGACUUCCUGCGAAAAUCAACUUAGGUCGAUGUGUCGGAACAGAACUCUGAUAUGGAGAGCGAAAAGAAGAGGAGAAAAUACUCCACGAGCAGCAACGACUCUGACACCACUGACAGUCAAGUGACGUCGUGGUCCAGGUCAUCCAAGAAUAUGGGCACCAGCAGCACAUGGGUUCGCCACCAGCACAAGAAACCAUCCGAGGUAUUUCGUACCGACUUCAUCACGGCCAUGAAGCUGCCGGACUCGGCCCAGCUCGGCCCAGACGACUUCUACGUGCUGUCUGACCCCUGGAGACAGGAGUGGGAGAAGGGAGUUCAGGUUCCCGCUAACCUGGAGGCCAUUCCAGAGCCGGUGGUCAGGUUGCUCCCGGAGUUGACAGGUGGUCCUUCCAGCGGCGGCCAGGACAGGGAGGGUGAAGCUCAGCCGCCUCCAACUCAACUGUACAGCUGCUACGACCUGGACGACCUGGAUGUCGCCUGGCUGCAGCUGGUCAACCAGGAGUUCAGACAAAUGGCCUUACCAGAGCUGGACGAGCUGACGAUGGAGUGUGUUCUGGUGGAGCUGGAGAGCGUUUGCGAGGAGAAGAUGCAGCAGGCCAUCGAGACGGAGGAAGGCCUGGGCAUCGAGUACGACGAAGACGUGGUGUGUGACGUCUGCCGCUCACCGGAGGGAGAGGACGGCAACGAGAUGGUCUUCUGUGACAAGUGCAAUGUCUGCGUUCAUCAGGCGUGUUACGGAAUCCUGAAGGUACCGCAGGGGAACUGGCUGUGUCGGACCUGCGCUCUGGGGGUCCAGCCAAAGUGUCUGCUCUGCCCCAAGAGAGGGGGAGCCCUGAAGCCCACCCGCAGUGGAACCAAGUGGGUCCACGUCAGCUGUGCCUUAUGGAUCCCUGAGGUGAGUAUAGGCUGUCCAGAGAAGAUGGAGCCCAUUACCAAGGUUUCCCACAUCCCUGCCAGCCGCUGGGCUCUGUCCUGCAGUCUGUGUCGAGAACACACGGGAACCUGCAUUCAGUGCUCCAUGCCCUCCUGUAUUGUGGCCUUCCAUGUGACAUGCGCCUUCGACCACGGCCUGGAGAUGAAGACCAUCCUGGCCGAGAACGACGAGGUGCGCUUCAAGUCCUUCUGUCUGGAGCACAGCUGCGCCGUCGCCAACGGUUCUGCAGCUGCCUCCAGUUCCACCGCCGUGAGCAACGGCAACCACGCCGCCGCCAACGGGGCUCACGCUGCCGCCAGACCCGACUGGGACGGCGCCGCCGCUGCCGGUGCGACCUCCGAGCUCCGGCAGGACCAGCAACACGAGCCUAACGGCAGCAGCGACGUAGAGCAGAGGUCGGUAUCUCACCUGGUUUCGGUGUCGGCGUCGGAGCGAGCUGAACGGGACCAGCUGGAGAGAGAGAAGGUGAGCCAGAGGAAGCAGAAGCUGCAGGAGCUGGAGGACGAGUUUUACCGACUGGUGGAGCCGAGAGAGGUCGCUGAAAACCUGGGGCUGCCCGUCACCCAGGUGGACUUCUUAUAUCAGUUCUGGAAGCUGAAGAGGAAGGCCAACUUUAACCGACCUCUGGUGACCUUAAAGAGGGACGAGGUGGACAACCUGGCCCAGCAGGAGCAGGACGUCCUCUACAGACGCCUCAAACUCUUCACACACCUCCGACAAGACCUGGAAAGGGUGCGUAACCUGUGCUACAUGGUGACGCGGAGGGAGAAAAUGAAACACACUCUGUGCGACCUCCAGGAGAAGAUUUUCCACCUGCAGAUACAACUACUGGAAGAGGACAUGGCCGGAGAGAAAACCCAGAAGGGAGAAAAGAGGAAGCAGAAUGGAGUGAAGGAUAAAGGGAAGGAGAGGAGGAAGAGUAGUCCUGAGAAGAAAAAGGAGAGAUGGAAGUCAGAGAAUGGCUCCCUGCUUAAAGAGCUAGGUUUGUCCAAGUCCUUCCCAUUAGAUAACCCUUUGUUCGAUAGCUGGCUCGCUCAGUCGGUUCAGAUCACCGCUGAUGACAUGCUGAGCCAGUGGGCUCUGGGGGCUCAACAUCGUGACAAGAGCGGCAGCCUUCUGUCUGACCAGCUCCUGCAGGGCGAGGAGAGCCUGCUGAACCUUAUGAUGGAGAACUCUAUGCAGUCCACCUGGAAAACACCCCAGCUGGGCCGCAAACCACGAGGGAGCAACAAGGCCCGUGCUCGUGCACAAUCUGCCGCUAACACCCAGGCUCACGCACUGAUAUCUGCAGCGGCUGCGUCCGCCGCCAGCAGCCCCUCCACUGCAAAGAGCCUCUGGGCGAGCGUGGCGGAGGAGAAGUCCAGCCACGUGGGCCGGAGAGGGGAGAGAUCCAGGAGCUCUUCCAAGACCAUGCACCACCACCACCACCUCCAUCACCACCAGACCAGGAGCUCUGACCUCCACAGGGACCCACCGCCGCAGCCACCCAUCUCCAAAAUGGAUUCCUGUCACAUCUCGGAGGACCGCGGCCCGUGGGACAGUAUCCACACGGGGAACGGCGUCGCAUCAGGGGCUGCAUCUGGUUUCACAGCGAGCUCAUCUCCACCUCCGGCCUCCAGCCCUGGGGUCACGGUGCCCGACACUGGGGCGAUCCUUCGCGGUGGGGCCCCACGGCUCCGUCUGUCCCGCCAGGGUAAAUCACGAGGUAGGGGCGUCGGUGGAGGUGUGACGGGGCUGGAGUCCAUGGACCUGCCACACACAGGAAAGGACAAGUCCCUGUUGGACGCUGCUGAGACUGACGGGUACUUCUCUGACGGCGAGCAGAGUGAUUCAGACACGCGCUCCGGCAGACGCAAACUCCGCCUGCCACAGUUGCAUUCUGGGAACGAGGACCUGCUGAGAAGGAGCGUGCUGGCAUCGUAAAGAACUGAGACUCAACAGACCAAUACACACACACACACACAGUUAUCCAAGCAGAGUCCUGCUGGAUAAUUGUUUUUCCAUCUGUGCCCAGUAGACAGUCUACAAAACAUGGCUGGAUGGCUUUGUUCAACCAAAUCCCUGUCACAUCUAUGAGUGGGAAAUCUCUUCAGCUCUUAACCUGCUUUGUUUUGGGGGGGAAGUUGAAUGUAGCUGUUGCCUAUCGUACAGUUAAGCUUCUCCACUGGACCGCAGUUUGUUGUUAGCUUGCCAUAAGAUGCUACACAUUCAACAAAUAGGAAACAAACAUUACCUUUAGUCUUUUUUUUUUGUUUGGUUGGUUUGUAUAGUUCAGAUUCAUCUGGUUUCUGGGCGUUGAAGUACCCAGUUCUGGCCUCAUGUCUGUGGUAACUGCCAGGCUUGGGAACAAACACUUUGGGGCAUUAUUAUUAUUAUUCAAGCUGGUUUCAGGGUGUGCUUCAUUCUUGGUCUCUAUGACCUGAGUUGCAUCCAACGAGUCCUUGUUUUCUUGAAUAUGUUCAGUGGAAAGACGAUUUCACACCAGUCGGUCUGAAUAUGUACAGAGGGUGACGUGGGACAACAUGUAUUCAGCCUUGAAAAGCACAACUAGCUAGUCAUAAGAGCUGUAAUGUAAGCACUCGUGUGUAUAAUAGAUGCUCAUGCAGGGUUGGGGUCAGUUUUCUUCCCGUUGACUCAAUUGCAAAACGUACACUGAAGCCUUCAUUCUCAAAUUUGUUUUCACAUACUUAAAAGAAUAAUAAUAAUUUCCAGCCUUUCUAGUUUUUGAACAGCAGACAGAUUGACCCCAGCCCUGGUGCUCAUUCAGAUUGUCACACAGAGAUACAAACACACAAACUCAGACAUACUGACACAUGAACUACUAUCAGCAAAUCCCUUUGCUCACAUCACAGACGUUGAAAUAUUAGAUCUGACUUUUGUCAGCUGUUUUCAAAUUCUUCCUACUUCUGAGGUCUUUUUUUUUUCCCCAAAUCUUUGGAGAAAAAUCAUUGUAGAAACUCUGUGCCUUCUGUCGCUUGCCCUGUGGCCCUGCUUCCCCCUUUACCCCUGACAACCUUCACAAUCAACCAAACAAUCAGUGAGUAGAUCAAUCAGUCGUUUCUCAAUCGGAUUUGUAACAAUCAAACCAAAAGGAAAUCCCGUAGGGCUGGUUACUGAGCGUAGCCAGCAUCGGGCUCCUUGUCACCUUAACAAUUGUGUAGUGCCUGAAACAAGGAUGUAAAUGCAGCGUUUGCUGUUUAUCAACAAAGAAUCUGCAGCAGUUAGCAAAGCAGAGCCCCGAUGUACUAUCAGUGCAAAGAGCUGCCCACUAUUCUGUGCCCCUGUAACUACGUCACUGCAUCCAGAGUCAUGGAGGAACAGAGUUUGGCCACGUCACACUGAGAGCGCCAUGUUGCUGCGUCUUUGAAAGAGUGGCCAAAAACAGAUUCAUUACUCAAGUUUUGCAUGUGAAAAUAUAGUUCAAUUUCAGACGAAAUCAUGACGGUUAGUAAAACAGAGAGGACUCAUUUACAUUUUGUCACACUGCUGCCUUAUUUGGCAUUUUGUAAACGGAUGAGACAAACAAUCUAAACUCAAAACGCCAGUUUAGCUUUUUCUGAUCUUUAAACCACAUCAAGUGGCCUCAGAUUGAAAAGACACAAGCAUCCUAAAUAUUAUAUAGUUUGAAUAUUCCACAAGGCCCUUUUUUCUCCAGAAAUCACCUUCUCACUGUGAUGUUACCGUGAGCAUCCAGUGUGCAGUUUACAUGUGUACUAAAGUUAUUUCUGGUUACUAUAUGAGGCAUUGGGUGCUCAGCGUAGCUUUCAGACAAACGUCAAGAACAGACAGUCAUACUUCAGAUCAUGCGUGUAUAUCUAUGCAGUUUAUAAAUGUGCUAGAGUAAAUACUAUACUGUUUUAUUCAGCUAAGCACUGAGCAGGUUUAUUGCACCAGUAUGUCUGCCGCUACAGUCUGACGUGGCCACGCUCUCGUACCCGAUGGCCUGCUGCACGUGUUCUCCUGUUAGAUAAAUGUAGACGAUGUAAUAAUCAGCUUCAGAGGCCUGUGCUCCUAAGUUCUUGAAUUGAGUUGUAAAUUUGUUUUUAAAAAGACUUUUUGUUAUUCUCUCAGAGAGUUGUAUUUUGUACUUAAAGCAGUCCAUGGUAAUCUCAGGGGUUAAAAAAAAACUUUUAAAAAAGAAGAAUAAAAGGUUAAAAAUUUAUGGAAAAAGCAACAUAAGACGUAGAUACAUAUAAAUAAAUAAAUAUAUAUAUCUAUAUAUAUAUAUACAUAUUUUAUAUCAUAUACAGUAUAUAUAUAUAUAUAAAGUGAUGUGCAUAUGUCUAGAAACUUCCUUAUUUGGCAAGCUUCACUGUUUGAACUCCAACACAAUUACUACUGAGCAUGCUCCUUCUCUCAGUAUGACCAUAGAACCAUCAGCCCUGGGUUCAAUAGUCUCAAUAACUAAUUUAACUGGUUUGAGUUUGCAGAUGAGUUGGGACAGGUCAGACAGUAUUUUUUCGGGACUUCUUUUCAGUCUCUUGCAACAAAGACCAUCCCCAUCUGGACCUAAAUUGGGUUGAAAAACAGCAUCGCAAGUGAUUCUUUAAGGGCUGCUUGACCCAGGCCUGAUGACUAGACAUUAAAAUAGAGGUGCAAGUCUAUUCUACUUCCUCUGUUUUUGCUGUAUGGACAGCUUCUAACCGGUCUUCUGGAGUGACCACGCCAAAGAACAGAUCUGUGUAUCAAGGCAGCAUAUUUGCAUCUUAUCUACACAAACACACAUGCACGUGCUCCGUCUCUGGAUUUCAAGAUGAAGAAUGUUAGAUAAGGUGUCAGACAACUCCGCCAGCGCUGUCCAGGUCAGCUCGGUCUCAACCGGUUUCACAACCUGGUUCGAUCUAGUUCAGUCAGAAACGCCGUCAGCGCAGGCACGGUGGUGUCAUGUGACCUCCUCUACCACAGGGGCCACUUUUAAUUCUACUCCACCGCCAUCAGUGAAACCCAACCUGGAUUCUGCCAGACCUGCAUUCACAGGGGUUCACACAGGAGACGCCUGUUGUUACAGAAACAGGCUGGCGAUGGUCAUUAAACACAGACUCACACUUUAACCCCCUUCAGAAAAAGCCAAAAGCUGCUGAACUGAACACACAACAUACAGCUCUCUCUCUCUCUCUCUCUCUGUCACACACACACACACACACACACACAUGCACACAUACACACACUGAUACAAACACCAGAGCUGGUAUAACAGGGUUAUAAUGUACAAGAUGACUAGUUUUUUAUGUAUAUGUGGUCCUGACUGCAUCAGGAAGCAUGAGCUUACUCAGAGUGAACUGCCCCCUAACAGCAGGAGAGUGUUAUCACAAGCGACAGUGUUGCGUCUCUGUCUCCUUUUGUCCUUCAGGUGUAGCCAUCGUAGAAGAUUUACAUCGUUGAGUGUGCAAAGUGUUGUUGCUGAAUGUGUACAACAGCAUGGAUACAGGACAGGCGAUGGAUUUUGGACUUCUACGUUGGCUAUCGCUACUACAACUGACCAUAACAACGCAUACAACAACAAUAUAACAGCGACAAAAAGCUUGUGUUCUGAAGCGAGGAUGUGGUGACGUAUCGUUACAGCCCACAGAAUCCUCCAACAGGUGGUUGUUAUCAUUCAUGUGUUGCUAAGAGAGAAAAAUGUAACCUUGGUUUCAAUACUCAGUGUUCAGAGUAGCCUGACGUUGUAGACAGUGGUAUUAGACAAGGCCUCACAUGUACGGCCUUAACAUGUAGUAGCAAAUGCUAAAGCUGCACAGUGCCGGCAGGAAAAAGGAACACUUCUUUUAGGCUGAAUUUUCUCUGCAGAAAGUCGUGGAGGUGGUUUGGUGCUUCAAAAUAAUUUCUACUGUUUCAAAGUCAGAUUUUAACCCAGCACCUUGUCAGACAAACUCCACGCUGAUAAUUGCAGUUUCGAUCUGGUUUCCAUGAUACUGUGCAGCCUUAGCAAACACAAACUGGUUAUUAUUCUAUAUUUACAGUGUGGCUUCAAAGCCCUCUCCUUCCGCUUUUUAGAUACUGUAGACUGGUUUCUUUUACAGGUUCUUUUUAUCAGUAUCCACUAGAAUACAGCUUCAAAGCAUCGCCGUCCUCUGUGUGGUACGCUGGUGUAGGUGUUGGCUCGUAGCCCGAAAUGUGCUCUGAUGAUCUCUGAAUUUUGCAACUCUGUCAGGUCAAAUAUCCACGAGUGAGAUCCAGAUUAGACAUUUGGGGUUUUUUUGUCUCUCUUUCUGGGUUUAAUCAGUAAGAUUAGACACAACAAGGACAUUUUUGUCUCCAGACUGGAGCAUCGGUGUCAUUAUCAGCAGCAGAUCUGCUCGAGUAGCCGAGGUUUAGUUCAUUAAUGUUAAUUUACCAUUUACAGUACAUGGUCAAGACAUUAUAUGGAAAGGAUAAAUAUACAACUAUACAGUUUCCUAUUCACUGAGCUGGUGCAUGUUUGAGAGCAAUUCUCUCCCUGAGGUGUUGGCAUGAAUGCUAGACCACAGAAAUACGCUGCCGGGCAUCAAGCACAUAAUGGCAGGUCAGAAACACCUACACACAGUGAUGUAUUCCACAAGACUUAAGCUGAAAAGCUGGUUAAAGACCAGCACCGAUUGCUGCAGGUAAUUGGAAGUUCGCCUGUGAUUCACUCAGCUGCCAUUUACUGUACUGACUCUGUUGUAAAAUUCAUUGGAAGACAUCAGUGCACCAGCAGGGCUGGGCUCCUCAGAACCUCCUCAGCUUGGCAAAGAUCAUGUGUAGAACUUUUUAUUACCAAGAAGGCAGUUUAGGGUCAUCCGGCAACAGCAGAGUUGAUAAAUUCAGUUUCACAAGUACAUUUGUGCUUGACUGGAAUGAAAAUAAGAAACAAUUAGACUUUAAUUUGCAGGACUUUCCCCGUAUGGAUACAAAAGUUGGAUUUGUCCAACUCUGAGCCAUAAAGUAAUUGCUGUGCUGAGGUGGUUUCGAGGAACCAGAAGGGCGUCAGGAUGCUGUUUGUACGAUGUUUCUCUUCCUCUGUGGUUGCUCCUUUAUCCAAUUAGAAAGUGGUUUGAGGCUGUCGUUGGAUCAGUGAAGCCAGGAUUGGCCAUUGCUUAAAAUUAACAUUUUGCCACAAAGUGGAGAAACAAAAUACCUGCUGGCCUCAAGUGAAAGCAGCAUUUAUUCCUGUGACAAAGGUCAAUUUAAUCACUGACAAUAAAAUGAAUGGCAGAUAAUGUACAUUGGAUUUAGAUUGUUUUAAAGUCUCUAAAUAUUUCUAGACAUGAACACCAAACUUUGAUGGUUGGUCUAGAAAUGGAAAAGGAAUUUUCAUGGUUUCAUGCACACUGACCAAAUGACUUCUCAGUGCUUCCUGUUUGCGUUGACAUUGUCUAAUCCUUGUUUUACUGUCCGACGCCAGCCGUACAAACCCGCCCACCUACCUACCGCUGGAGUUUAUACACAUUACAAUAAUGUAUAAUACUGUUCAACUACUACUACUAGAGACAUUUUCAUUUUCCGUGUUUUGAAAAAGCCUUUGCAAGCUGUUUUAUUUCUUUUGUAAUGCUUAGCUGGCCGCUGUGGCUUGUAUCAAACUAGAAAGCUGACUCAUUAUCUGCUUCCACUGUUUUUACUGGCGCUUUGCUUUCCACUCCGUUUCAGAAAAGUUAUGGCUUCAAGGUCUCAACAUCCACUACCCAGACACAAUGCAUAGAUUGGAGGUUUAGUCACACAAACAGAGCUGCUGUGGAGGCAGAAACAGGAUCAAUUGUUGAAGAACCACGGGGGGUUUGAAUCAGACGGCCUGACAGAUUACUGGACUUGUAGCGUUUUCCAAUCACCUACUCGAUCAACAGAAAACCACUCUGCAGCUAAGUGACAUUUUUGAUAUUCUAACAAUUGGUUUAGUCGUAUUUUUUAGACAAAAAUGGAAACUCUUCCCCUUUCUAGCUUCUCUGCUGUGAUGAUUUGCUGCCCUUCUUUUUCUUGCUCAACAUUAAACUGGUGAUCUUUUGGUUUUGGAGUCUGUGUUGACAGAAAAAAAGAAUCUGAUGGAAUCACUUUGGGCAGUAACAAAUUGUGAUGGGCAUUUUUCACUAAUUCCUGAUUAAUGAAUAAUAUAUCUGGCAAAUGAAUCAUGUAAAGUAGCUGUAAUUUGUACUACAAAUUGCACACAAGUGGAGUGGAUUCACUGUUACCGCUUGAGCUUGGGAGACUAGUUUUUAAAUGAUUAUUAUUUUUAUUAUUGUUGCACAUUUUAUGCUUUUAUUUAACAGAAAUAGUGGACUAGACAAAACACAAGAUACAGUUCAGGAAAGUCGUGAUUUGUAGUUGCCCGAGUGACUGCGUCAUUUCACAAUACUUCUCAAAACAACUGAUUUCACCAUCAUAAUGAUUAUUUUCAUUAUCACUUCAUAUAUCGAUUACUUAAUGAUUUUACCACAUGAUCAUUUGGUGCAUAGAAUGUCAAAAAAUAGUGAAAAAUGCCAAACACAAGUUGUGAAAGUCCAAGGAGAUGUCUCUGAAUUAUGCAACAAUUGUUACAUAAUUAAUUUUCUUUUUCUUAACUUAUAGGCUCAUGAUUCAACAUGACUGUUACGGAUUGACAGGAAAAGUUUUUUGGGGAUUUUUUUUCUUGAACAAAAACCAGGUCCCAGCUCUCCCUGCUCACCAGGUAGAUCAGCUGCACCUGUGAGGUAGAGCUCAGUUGUGGGUUGUUGGUCAUCAGCCUUCCUGGGAGACUAUAUAAAGAUGUGUUUUUGACUCACCUCAGAUGGGGAUUGUGGUUCAGAAGGUUCAGCACCAUCAGCUGACUUUCUUUGGGAAUCAAGUUAUUCUUUGUUUCCCAAACAACCCUGUACAAAACUAAUGAUUCCCACAUAAGUUGUGGUUUCGGUUCUAAUUUUUACUUCUAUCCUUGUGAUAGAUUGAGUGGGAGGUAGUUGGGACUAAUCUCACUUUCACCUUUUAGAAAACCAAGACCCAUUUUUAUUUUUGACCCAUUUUGAGUGUGCAGCUUUUGUUAGUUUUCCCAUUUAUGACCGAAGAUAUCUUGUGUUGUGUUGAAGUUUUUAUCCUUUGACACCCCUUUGUCAGGCCAAGCAGAGUAGUUUUUCAAUUGCAAAUGGGCUUGUUUCCUUUUUAAAAGUUCAAAACAACCCAUAAGAAGUACAUGACCAGAUAAUGUCCCCCUUUUGUUUCGACCCUUUGGACUUUUGAGAUGCUGUGGGUCUUUUUGGUUCUACCUUCAAUCCAACAUCAUUUGAUGAGUUAAGGUGGAGCCAAAGUGAUUCUGGCUGCGCCCACUAAGAUUCAAAACAAACCUUGAGAUUAAAGCAUGGGUUCUAAAACCAAGAAUCCCAUACUAUUAAAGUAUAUUAGAAAAAGAUUUAGUAUGUCAAAUGCAGCACAUUAAAAAUACCAUUUGCUCCCUCUGCAUACAUAUAUUGCAGUUUGCAAGUCUACGUGCUUCUUCUAGCCAUUCCUGUGCAGAAGAUGCAUCACAUAUGUCACAUUACGAUGAAGUAAUAUGUCCCAAGUGUGUGCAUACUGGAUGGAUAAUUUUUAAGAGUAGCUGCAUUACAUCCUGAGUGUAAGAAAAAAUAUUUGCAAAUUGAAACGCAGCCACAAUUCUGCCUCCAGAGCAGCUCCAAUAAAAAAUGUUUUUAGACUAAAGCUCCCAUCUGCACAAACUGCGCACCUUACUCUGCAUCCGCCAUCCAACUUUUUCCUUCUCCUCCUCCCAUCACCAGCAGAUUCCCCUUUACUAUUCCAUCCUGAAUCCCUAAAAACACCCCUCCUGUCAGUCCCUCCUGCCUACAACUCCUCCUCUCUCCUCCCUGUCCGGUGAUCAGCCUCUUUGGCCGCCACGUGGCUUUUUCACAUUGCUUUCCAAACAUAGGAUGAUCAAAAAAUAUUUAAAAAAAAUAAAAUAAAAAAGGACGUCUGUAGCUUUAAGGACAAAUAAUGACAGACACGUGAGGAGUGAAAAACACUGCACUCAGCUUUGCUUGACUCUGGCAUGAAGAGAGAGAAAUUGAGGGAAGAGGAGAGAUGUUUAGAAAGAAAGAAGGAGAGGAGGGAAAGGUUUACUGAACCAGAGCCAGAGAAAGACACAGAGUACAACUUGUUCUUUCCCCUGUGUUCUGUUUGCAGCCUGUCCACACAGUCAAGUUAACAAGCAGCUAAUAUAAACAACAGCAGGCCUUGUGCCUCCUCAUUGUCGUCUAUUUCUUUUUUGUUUUGUACUUUGUCUGCUCUCUCGUCACCCAUACAGCCGGGUCUCCAUCCAAAUAUUUCCUUUACAGUGUAACAAUCAAAUCAGGACAGCAGACCGUGUUAAAUUUGCAUUAAAUGGCAUAAACAGCCCAGAAAACAGUUAAAAUUUACUACAGAGUGUUUUAAUAUUCACCCUAAUUUACAAUAAAUGUGUACAGUUGAUGUUUUUAAUUUACAUUUGUAUGAAAGCAUGAAUUUGGCUCACAUCAGCCAACGAUAAAGACGAUAAACAGGUCUGCCAAUAAAUCUAAUGAAGACCAAAACUGAGAGGCACAGACAGGGUCUGGAAUUCCAAAAGUAUUAAGAGAUGUAAUGAAGCAUUGCUCGUCUUUUUGAAGGAUUUGUUGACAACAUGAAAAAAUAUUCGACACCAGCUUUAUCCUUUUAAAUGUCCUGACCAGCCAGGUAAAUCUUCAAUUUCCAAAUAUUUUAAUACCAGCUUUGCAUUUUUGUAAUUUAUCUAUUUCCAAUCACAAACUUGUUGUUUGUAUACAAGUAUGCAUUAGCCAAUAAAAAUCUAGAAUGGAAAUUUUAUCUUUUUUUGUAUAUUACAUAUAUAUAUUGGGCAAUUUUAUGUGAAGCCUGGGUAAAAGUCCCUUUUUGUACUUCCUCCCUCACAGUAUGAGCGAUUUCUUCAACCUCCCCUGACAUCUGGUUUUACCAUUAUGUUCCUGGGAGGUUCAGACUCUGCUCAGACAUUCAUCACCGCGUACAAAUUGAGGUGUAAAUGCAACAAACACUUGCUACAGAUCCAUUUGGCCAAAGCUACCAUCUCCCACUUACAAAUACAUCUGGCAGCAUUAAUUUUAAAUUCAGCAAGGAACCCUAAAGUGUAAAUAUAACAGGAAAGGCAGUGAUUUUUGGCACUACUUCCAGGUGUAAAUGUAAUCUGGAUAAAUCACAUCUAGACACAAUCUGUCUGUAGGAUGAGGUUAAGAUUGUUUGUUAAGAGGCCCUCUGUACCGUCUCUGCUUCUCCCACUCAUAACUUCACCUCUCACUCUGUCUGUCCCUGCUUUACUUCUUUUCCUUGACUUCUCUUAUUUUCUUGUUGUUGUUCUCUGCUUUCGUAACUUCACUUCUUUAUCUCUCCGACAAUGUUUAUCUUCUUCCUCCGAGUCAACUGCGUGUUUGUCUGAGCUUUGAUACAUGCAGGGAAGCAGGAGGUGUUUUUGACUGUCUAAAUUUGGAUCCCUCUGCAUGCAUGUGUGUCGUCUGAUAGGCUGCAGGAGAACUGAGUGAGUGUACACUAGCAUCAAUCCUGUUAUGUGUGUUCAUAGCAUGAAAGAGAGACUCUGGUAGUUAGAAUGGUAGCUGUUCUCCCUGAGAGGUGACCAACCUUUUGUGCCAGCAUUCCCUUUGUUCUGCUCGCCUCCUCCUCUUGCUCCUCUUUAGUCUCUAUUAAGGUGUGUCCAAACAGAACAUGAGAUGAAUUUUAGGCAUGGCAUGAAUGGAAAGAUGCAAGCGCCUGCAAUUAGAUGCUAAAUUUCCCGGGACUGAAAACUCAAGCAAAGACAGGUUCGCACAGGUUGAAAAUGUUUCUGCAUGAUCGAAGAAUUCUGGUUGAUCCUGUGGUUUUAUAAACAGACAAGGAAAGAAAGGAGACGGACUGGUGAGAAAUAACAAAUUAGUUCCUUGUGACAUCAAUCGAGGGCUGAGCAGUCACACAUUCAUGCCUCUUUCUGUGUGAACACACCUUUGGAAAAUAUUCACACCAAGCCAGCUAAAUUUUGAAGACUUGUUUACGAAUGAAAACAAUUUAAAAUGUCUUUAUCAGGGUUUUCAAAAUUAAUGCAUUAAUGCGGAUUACUCCAUCAUCGUGAUUAAUCUGAUUAAAAAUUUUAACCCAUCUGCAGCGAAGAAUGACUCAAAAUCCUUGAAAUGUCUCUGGCAAUGCAUUUCGGGCAGCUUGAUCCAGUAGUGGCAGAACCAAGCAACUUGAAAUGGAAGAUGCUAAACAGCACGUUGGCCGUUUCAGUGACAAAUAUGAAUGUUAUAUAUAUGUAUAUACAGUCAAGCCCAAAAUUAUUCAUGUCCCUGGCACAUUUAGACAUGCCACUUUUUGUUCAAAUGUAAAUAAAAGCUGAGAAAUAUUUUUUAUUCCAUAAUGAUGCCUCUUGUACAUCGUCUUAUUAUGUUUUGAGGCAAGCCUGUGUCAUUUCCAAUUUAAAAAAAAAAAAAAUACUAAAAAACUUGCUGGUUGAAUAAAAGUAACUUAAAGUCAAAAUUUGCCAGGGGCUUGACUGUAUAAUUUAUUCGUGAUUAAUAGAAAUUAAUCCACAGCAACCCUGUGAUUAAUGGGAUUACAUAUUUUAAUCGUUUGACAGCGCUAGUCUUUAUCUUUUACAAGAAAACUGCCCCACAGCCAACCGUCUCAUCACCAGCAGUGUAAAUGGACUGGCUACUCUGCUGAGUCUCAAACUUUAUUAUACUUCUGCGUUAAAUCUACAUCGAACUUUCCCAAAAAUCGAAUACCACAAUGCCCUGAUGCCGACUGCAACAACUGUGAAUGGUUCACUUGGUAGUAAUACUGUGUCUACACAAAAUCCUGAUUUGUGCAAAGACAGUAUUUAUGUAGAAAAAAAAUGUAAAAAGCUGCAGUUGUCACCAUUGUUUGAACUACACAAAGAACCUCAGAGUAGCACAGAAAUCCCAAAUCUGGAUCCGCUAACCAGCAUUUUGGCAGCUUAAUUGUAAUUUAAUUCCUCUACUUCUACACUUAAACUAACCAAAUUACCACAAAUACAGCUUAGCGACAACAUGUGCAACUGGACGUACAGAUGUUUAAAAUGACUGAUCACACGGAAAGUUGGAUUCAUCGACAGUGACACGGCGCCUGGCCAGGUUUCUCUAAAUGCUCAUCUAGAAUAAAACAGGAGGCCGACAUUCAUCUACUCUGGUUACUGUUGUUGACAAAAGUGCUGGCUUAGUGUGGAUGAACAGCAUUUCCUUUUUUUUUUCCUUCAUUACCAUUCAUCUCUCUUUCUUGCUCUCUUUAAUUCUGUGUUCAUUUGGUGUUUUCCAUCUCCUUUGCAGCUCCUCUUAAUGUGUCUCUUCAUUUUCUCACUCUCUCGGUUCCUCUCCUCGGUGCAGAGCAGACUCAUUAAUCACUAAAUAUUCUCGCUCACCUCUCCUGACCUGCGUUCGACAAAGUUUGCUCCGUCGGGUUUAUGAAACAAGAACUCAGCCAAGUUUUUGAUUUGCAGAAACUCCAACAAUGUUCAAGCCUUUCUGAAAAUCAAUUUUUCGGUAUAAUCUGUUAAUUUAAGCACUCAGCGUGUCCUUGUUGGCUGAGCUGAGGUUAACUGAUUAAGCUGCCUCUUGUUUCUCUCCCUUCCCUCUGCUCUCUCGCGACACUUUUAAACAUGAUUGGAUAUUAUUCUGCAUCUUACUGGUUGUACGUAGAAUGGCAAUCAGCAUCGUCCAUUCAAAGCAGAGCUGGACACAGGCUUUUUUUUCCCUCCUCCUACUGUCUUAUUUGUCCUUAUAAAAAGGUGUUAAAAUCUCUGCUGUCAUGUCCAGUUUCUCUCCACUCUGCAUCAGUUCUUCAAUACAAUAAUAUGAAUGUUGCAGGAGUUUAUCCUUCUGUAUUCUUUGUUUCAAAGAAUGUUGUGCCAUUUGUUAAUAGCAAAGAGAACUAUUGAACAUAUAUGAAAAAGAAGAGCUAUUUUAAAUUAUUUUUUGGCUUUUUUUGCUAUAUUUAUUUUCUUGUAUUAGAAUCUUCUUUGUAGGAGGGAAAAAUCAAAAAAUGUAUUUUUCAUUAGUGCGAAAAACCUAUUUUCUUCCUUUUUGUACAAUUUCGAUGUUUUAAGCAAGACUUUGAAAAGCAAUAUGAUGAUGAUGAUGAUGACGAUGUUUCCUGUGACUGUAUCUGCAUGCUGUUUGUGUUGCCUUAACGAUGGCUGCAUCCCACUUUGCCCCCCCCCAACCUGUUUGGUCCUUUCCUCCCCCCUCCACCCCCCAACUCUGACCUCACCCCUCAACUCCCACUUCAUCUGAUGGAGUCCCAGUCCCAUCUGAUCCAGUCCAGUCCAGUGCAGUCAAUAAAGCAGUGCUUUCUGUGUACACAAAA